AUGGCGGGCGUCAUGGAAACCGAUGUGGUGGUUAUAGGAGCAGGAAUAUCAGAACAUUUUCACACACACUAUCUCCUCAGCAAUGUGUCCAAGCAUAACUACAGCUUCUCAGACUUCCCCUUCCCCGACGAUGUCCCCGACUACCCGCACCACUCUCACAUGGCCAAGUACAUCGCAGACUACGUCAUGCACUUCGGUAUCAACGAGGUCAUCAGCUUCCAGACACAGGUCAACAAGAUCGAGAAAAAGGAUGACAAGUGGGUUGUCACGGCAACCAGAGUGGAGGAAGAUGGGAAGGGAGGAUGGACCACAGGGGAGGAGGAGGUGUAUGUUGCCAGGUUUGUUGCCAUAGCAACAGGACAUCACGUGACGCCCAGUCUUGCAAAGUUUCCUGGUCAAGACACGUUCAAAGGUGAACUCAUCCACAGUGCAGAUUACAAGGACCCGAUCACCAACCGUCUGGUGGGGGGUCGAGUGCUGGUGGUGGGCAUCGGCAACAGUGCGGUGGAUGUGGCAGUGGACGCUGCAACAGUGGGGAGGUGUCGUAAGGUGCUCCUCAGCACACGGUCGGGUGCCUGGGUUCUCCCCAACUACAUCUUUGGCCGGCCCACGGACCACUACGCCUGCCGGACCUUCCUGUUGUUACCGUGGAAACUGGCCACCAACGUCCUGGAAACAGUGGUGUCUCUCAUUCACGGCAGCCCUUACAAGUGGGGCCUGAAUCCGAAGAUGCGAGCGCUACAAACCCAGCCCACAGUCAGCCCCACCCUGAUCCACAACAUUCAACGCAACAACAUCGCCAUCAAACCCAACAUUACAAGGUUUGAGGGGAGUACCGUCCAUUUCACCGAUGGAUCAUCGGAAGUGGUGGACCAUGUGGUGAUGUGCACCGGCUUCAGAGUGUCCCUGCCUUUCCUGCCAGACGAGGUCAAGGAAAAAGUGCUGGAGGAGGGAAGUAACAGCAUCAAGCUGUACAAGAACGUGUUCUCCCCAGCCGUGGGGCACUCCAUGGCGUUCAUCGGCUUUGUCCAGCCGGCGUCGGGAGGGAUCCUCUCCAUGUCGGAGACACAGGCCAGAUGGUUCGCCGAGCUCUGUCUGAACCAUGUCAAGCUGCCGUCCAGGGCCGCCAUGGAAGCAGAGAUCAAAGCAGAUCAGGAGGAGACAUCCAAGAGGUACUUUGCGUCUGCCCGCCACACCAUCCAGAAGGACCCACUGCUGUACAACGACAGCAUCGCCGCUCAGUUCGGGGCCAAGCCGCAGCUCUGGAGGCACCCAAGGCUGGCAUGGAGGCUGCUGCUUGGCAGUUGCGGGUCUGCCCAGUGGAGACUACAGGGGCCCGGGAAGUGGGAGCGUGCCGCGGAGGUCGUCCGCUCCGUCCCUGUGACUGAGUUCCUCCUGUACUCUGCAAUCCUGGUCGUCGUCUUGCUCCUUCUGCUUUUUACCUACCUUGGUUACCUGAUCUCAAGGAUGGGCUGAAUGUCUUAGCUUAGCUUCCGCUCCUUAAGGUGUACUCUCACUGCACUUGCGUCAAGCUUGCGUCACUGCUGGAUUCGAAAGAUACUCAACGAAUUUUGGAGAUAAAGGACUAGUUUUUUUUGUAUUUUGUUGUCUUCUAAUUAAGUCAUACUUUUACAUAUUACGCAACAUCUAAAUUAUUAAAAAAUCAGAGAAAAUAAUAAAACAGUGAUGCAGUGAACGAACCCUGCAGUGACGCAGGCUUGACACAAGUGCAGUGAGAGGGCACCUUUACCUAUUAGUCUGGGUACCAUUGUAACUGCUAACUCAGUUGGUCUUUUUGCUUGCUAACAACGGAGCAAGCAAAAAGAUUUUGCCAGCAGUUACAAUGGAGGAUGGUACCCAGGAUAACCUGGGUUACCUGGUCUUAAGAAUGUCUUACCCCUUCUGCUGCUUACCUACCUUGGUAACCUGAUCUCAAGGAUGGGUUGAAUGUCUUAUUCCUUCUGCUCCUCUUUAUCUAGGUACUGUUGUGUUGUAACUACUGGCUCAAUCAAGGAAGGGCUUAAUAUCUUGUUCCUCCUCCUCUUUACCUAUCUGGGUUACCUGAUUUUGAGAAUGUGCUAGAUGUAAACUCGUCCCAAAUGGUUUGGAUACUUUGAAAACAGCUGUUUUUACUUUAUCCCACUUCUGACACCAUGUUGUGUUCUUGCUAUUUUUGUGGAAAUAAGCUGGAUCUUUUGUGCAGAUCAGCUUCUAGAGACAGGAUUUUAGAUUCAAAUCCAUUCCAAGUGCUUGCAAGCGUUUUUGCAGUAUUGAACUCAGAAUGACUGUCCUGCAUGUUAAGGUGAGGAAAUGAAUGAUUGAACAAGUGAAUGUUAAGUGAAUGGAUGUUUGAGUGAAGGAAUGGGAGUGAAGGAUUGAAUGUAAAUGAAUGAGUGACAGACUAAGUGGGAGAAUGAAAGUUUUAACUUGGUAAAUGAAGGAGUGAGUGAUUGAAUGAGUUAUUGAAUGUAUUGGAUGACUGAAUGAUCUUGUCAAAGUGCUGUGCCACAAGUGCUUUUAUGAUGUACCUUAAUAAGAAGUCGUCAUACAUUUUAGAUAUGUAUAUUUGAUUACUUUUAAAUGCAAGAAAUGGUGUUGAUCGCCAUUUAUAAAAAGGUUUUAAGAAUAAUAACAAACAAUGUAUCAACUAAAAUGUAGAGUUAGAAAACAUUGUGAAGCAUUUUUGUUAAAUGUGCCACAUAGGCUUUUAUGAUACUUAAAAUGAAAUUUACAUAUACACAUGUAUGUAUAUUUGACUGUUUUAAAGGCUGUUGAAUUAACCAUUUAAAACAGAUUUAAAAGAAAUAACAGGAUUUAUUAGCUAGCGUUCCUCGUGAGAAGUGAUAUUGUGAACAAGUUAUCAUUGAAUGUAAGGUACAACGAAAGGACUAGUAGAUAUAUCAAUUAAGAUCAAAUAGAUUAUCUAUGUUUGAAUAUGACUGGUACAUGCCGGCAUUACACGUCGACGUCUGCAUUGUCAUUUUUUUAAUUUUUGCCUGUGUCUUAUAUAGACAUUC